AUGGCAUUGUCGAACAACACAGCAGAGACGAAGCUCUCACCGCAAGAAGAGCGGAAAUGGAACAAGCUGAGCGUCACGAUGAAUGCGUUCCAUGAGAAUUUCAAGCAAGAGUUUAACAGGUUAUAUGAAUUGGCCGACGGAUCCUUCAAUAAUUACGGGUGGUCGCUGAACUAUUAUCUGAAUGCUGCGCAGGGAAUGAAGACCCAUUUGACAACUCACCACACUAUUGAGGAGCGCUACAUAUUCCCGACCCUGGGUAAGCGUAUGCCAGCGUUUGCGGAUACGCCUGACGGUGAGCACUGGAACUCUCACAAAGGAAUUCAUGAUGGACUGGACGCCCUCGCGGAGCUUCUUAACAAGUAUCGUCGCGAUCAGACUACAUACUCCCCCAGCGAGAUGAGGGAGUGUCUCGACAGCUUCAGAGAAGUCCUAUUUAAGCAUCUGGAUCAAGAGGUCCAGGAUCUACGAGGAGAGAACCUACGGAAGUACUUUUCGAUGAAGGAAAUAGAACCAAUUCUUUCACUCUAG